CGACCGGCCUCUCCCGGGGCUGAGCGGCUCUGGCCCGCUGCUCUUUCCUGAUCUCUUCCAGACCCUUCUCCCGCUCCCAACCGCUGUUUUCGCUCCCUCCCAUUCUUCCCACUGGCGUUUUCUUUGUUUAAGAAACGCUAUUGUGUUCGAGGCGCCUCUUUGAGCGGGGCUGCUGCACCUCUCUCGGGACAGGCAGGGGAAGCGAGCGGCUCUCCCGGAGCCCCGCGUCCCGGCGCCAUCCCCCGCGCCCUUCCUUCCCCCAGUGCCCAGCAGCAGCGCCCGCCCUCCGGCCGAGCCCCCACGGCUCCGCCUGCACCACGCCAGCCCGGAGCGGGACGCGCCGUGCCCCGCAGCCCAGCCCGCGCCUCCUUCGCCGGGCGCGGGGCCCCUUCGCCCGAGCCGUGCCCGCGGGAGGGGUGACAGCAGCAUCAGGUGCAGCCGGGGCCAGCGGCCAGGGCAAGCCCGGCCCCCGGCUGCCGCCUGCGCGCUGAGCGGCUGUGCCGGGCCCGCCCUCGGUGACUGGGAGGAGCCGGGAGAGCAGCGGGCUUCGCCGGGGAUUUCCAGCCCGAGCGGGCGGGAGAGGAAGUGCGGGGCGGGGGGAGACGGCGCACAGCGGUCGGGACUUUCCGCCGGGCUGGCGGUCGCCUUCGCCCGGCUCCAGCUGCCGCCCGCCGCCCCGCUCCCCGCACACGCUCACAGGCAGGGGCCGAGCGCGCUGCACCCGCAGCCCGUGCCGGGACCUCGGUGGCGGCCGGUGCCCGGGGAUAGAUCAGCCUGCGGCGGAGCGGCGCGGACUUUCCUGCCCGGACGCACUCGUACUCCAGGGCUUUGCAGAUUAACCUAUGACUGACUCAUAAUCUGAGAACUGCAGUGGCUUGUAAAAUAGGAAGCAGGAAAGCCUGAGUGCUUAGGCUUAACUGAAUCAAGACCAGCUCUCAGCAGUGGGAAACAAUAUAUUAAUCUAUCGGAAGCACAGACUGCAGGCUUGUGUGUCACUGGGGUUUGUGUUGUGAAUUUUUUUCAUGUAAACAGGUAGGUAGGAACAAUUCUUCUGCUGUGUAUGUUUUGAAUAUGUUUGUUGAGAAACCUCAUGACAGUUGUGUGAGUUGGGGUAUUUUUUGUGAGAUUUUUUGGUUGUUUUUGGUGGGGUUUUUUUAGUAUUAAUAUCAUUGCAUGACACCGCAAAGUACCUCAUUCUCCUUUGCAUUUUCACAUCUUUAAGUUAAUGAUAUUAAUUUAACAAAUAGUCUUCUGUGCCUGGGUUUGUUUUAGUUAUGAAUGAAGGUGAUACCUCAAAAGUCAAAACAAGUUUCAUUCUCAUUUCUAUAAAUAAACCCUCUUGUAGCAUUGCUCUGUCUCAUUGUGUGCCUUGCACACAAUCAGAAUGGACUAUUUGGCAAUCUGCAUUCUGUCUGAUGGACUUAAGUUGCAUGAUAGUAUAUGGAGGCUGGGUUUUUUUGUUUCAUCAGUUGUACUUGCAAGGAAGGUAACCAAAUUAUUAUCUCUAUUUCACAAAAAAAUCUUCCCCUCAAGUGUUUGAGUUCAAAUAGAUUAAAAAUAUGAUUAGAACUCAUAGGUGGUAACCUGUUUCCUCAGUCAGCCACAGCCUAAUUUGGAAAACUGGAUUUAACCUUACUUGCAAGAGGAGAAAACAUCCUGAAUCCCUUAGAACAGUACCCUAAAUAUGUUUGGGGUUGUGCUUUCCUUCCUUGUUCCACUCUACUUUUUCUGGAGUUUAAAAAGAAACUAUGCUUCUAAAAAAAAAAAAAAAAAGUUCUGUUUGCCUUCAGUUUAAGUUUUAAAUUAGGAAUGGAUAAAAGAAGUGAAAUGUUCUCUUUUCAACUUCUUGACAUGAUCACGGGAAAUUCGUCAGUCCUUCAGGUGAGUGAUGGGGGUUGUGUCUUUGCAAGGAGCAGCAGGUGAUGCUCUGGGGCUACUGAGUGGCAUUUUCCUCAGAACAGGUCCAGCUUUAUAAAGCUGGCAGGUAGAAAGGCUCUUUCAAAAUUGUAUGUGGAAAGGGAUAAAAAUUAAGCUUUUUGCUACACUAUUAUCAGACAUAUGUUAAGCACUGUGACUAAGAACUUGUUGGUAAUAAGUUAUAUGAAUUAAUGAUGGUGUUUUAUAUAUAGGAGUUCAUGUUCUUGUCACAAUAAGUUCUUUCUGUAGGUUCACAUGACAGUAUUACAAGUCAUUUUUAGGUUGUGAUCUAGAAGUAGCAUCUGGAGGAUGCGAGAAAAGGAAGUAGUCUGCUGGAAUAGUUGAAAACUCUUUUGGCCUUCUCUCUUUUUGCUCUCCCACACAGGACUAUGAACAAUUUAUGAAGCAGACUUGCUAUCUUUCUGUAAGAUGUUUUUUUUCCCCUUGGCCACGUCUUCUGAGUUGGUGCUAGGUGUUUGCUGGUGUUUUCCUAAGAAAUGUUGUGUGCCUCUGUACUGGUAUGUGAAUUCCUGCCAGAAAGCAACUAGGCUGCACACGGCUGUCUUGAAGGAAUUUUCACUGUCCUGAAGCAAAACGGGUUAAGAUGUGUUAAGUUGCUAGUCUUAGACUAACUGCAGAAACCAAAAAGAUAAUUAAAGAUCUUAUUUUCCUAUUUUUAUUUGGUUUUUACGGGAAAUGGAUAUUUUUGGUCCUUCUUCACUCCAACUUUAUCAAGAUAUAAUUGUUUUUGUGUUCCUUAUUUCUAGUUGUUUUUUCACUUUUGACAGUUCCCAGCUUAAGACUGGAGUUGUAUUAUACAAGGUAAUACUUAUGAAGAGAUGGGAACUUGGUAGGUGCCCAGGUAAGAUCAGAGAAAGGGGAUCUGUUCCUCAGCAAAGGAGAAUAGAAAUCUGCAGGAGUGCAUUAAGUCACACAGAUAGUCUCUGAUAGCUUUCCUGAUUUUGUUCUUCUGUUUCAAAGCCAACAGGCCUCUCUUUCCCCUUUUCAAAAUUGUGAUCAUGUUUUUAAAAUGUUGUAUGUUAUGUGGACUGCAAACCAAGAAAGGGAUUUGAAGCUGAAGAUGAACUUUAGUGGUAAAUUCAUUUCAAUAGAUAAAAAUUUAAAAUAUGACUAAGUAAAAUUUUCUUUGGGAGCCUAAACUGGGGAUAUAUUAUCCACUACGGGCAUGUCAAUGUUGACUAAGCCAUGUUAGAAGAAGAGUUCCUGUUUCAGUGCAUGGGAACUCGGGAGCCCCUGCAAAGAGUAAGCAAAGGACUUGUGCACAGCUUUGAGAAAUUAAUCUUCUCCCAUCUGUUGGUGGGGGAGUGGGUAGUAGUUGUUUCCAUUGUAUCUGAGUGUAUACCUAUGUUGCCCAUUAUUGGUCUUUUAAGGGAAAGAAAAACCUUCAAACAUGCCCCUAAAACCAGCCAGCCUUAGCACUGCUUUGAGCCAAACCCCCUAAGGCUGCAUCUCCCUCUGAACUCUCCCAUUUGCUUUCUGCUCAAGCCCAUAUAACACGCUCUGGUUGCUGGCUGCUGCCCCUCUCCUGGGGGCUGCACAGGAGCUGGGGAGGUGCCAGAGGGUUGUGGAGGUCUCUGAGCUUUCCAGGUCCUUGCCAGCAGGUGUUCAGCCCUGCCUGAUGUUCCAGUGAGGUUGAACCAGAGGAGACUGGGCAGGAUGCUGCCCCAAGGAGGACCUGGAUUUCCAGGAAGAAUAGGUUGCAGAUGGUAGGCAGCUGCUAUGAGCUAAAAGAUCUGGCCUUGAGCCUGGCUCUGCAGGAUGCAGAAAGGAGGAGGGGUGGAAAGCAGUGAUGAGCCUAUUGUUUCAAAUCAGCCAACAACUGGCUGAUUGACACCCAGGGCUCCUUGUUGCUCCCUUUGCUCUUAAACACAGCUGUGCAGGGGGAUGGAGGUAACUCAAAUCAGAGGUUAGACUUCCAGUGUCCAGAGAGGCAGUGGGCAUAAAUUAAGGGAAAAAAAAAAAAGGAUAAAAUUCCAUCUUAAUACAAGAACAGCUUUUGGCUGGAGGUGUGCUCAAACACUGCAACAGGCUGCCCAGUGUGGUGGUGGAGUCCCUCUGCAAAUACUCAAAACCCGAUGGGUGGCUGUGCUGGGCAGCUCUGCCUGACCCUGCUUGGGCAGAGGGGGCUGGCCUGGAUGGUCUCCAGAUGUCCCUUCCAACCCCACUGCCUCUGUGAAAGCUUCUUUAAUAUUUGCAUGCAUUCUUUUGCUGCUGUUGUGGAACACUUGGGGAAUAAUUACAAAUGCCCCUGCUGGGCACUUGUCUCACAAAUACUGCUGUUGUGUAAUCACGGCAGUUUUAAUUGUAUAGGAAAAGCAUCCAAGUGCUAAGUAGUUAAUUGACUAAAGUCCCCAAUUUAAGCAACGAAAGCAAAAACAUCCACCAGUAUCUCCCCGUUCCCUGAACUGAGAAAACACCAGAACAUCCUAAACCUUAAAAGACAUUUUGGUUUUAAUCCCUUAAAAUAUUGUGGUUAUGAUAAUUAAAGGUAGCUUUAUUAAAAUAAAGUUGUUUAUUAUUUUCCCCUCAUUCCCUCUAGUUUUUCCACAAAGUACUAUCCUCAAAUUAUCCUGUGAAAAAUGAAAUAAAAAGUAGGCAGGAACAUGAGAGGAGGAACAGCAGAGAAAAUGCUAAGUGAUCCCACCAAACCCUGCAGUUUAUGCCUUUCAACCCACGACUAGGAAGUCAUGAGAUGAUUGGAAAGAACUUUCCUGCAGCUGUGUUUCUUGCCGGGCUCUUUCAGCACUCUCCCGAUUGCAUUUUGCACAGCCCUCGGGAAGACUGCAGUGCAGUAGUUGGCAAGGAGGGAAUUACCAGGAGGGAAAAUCAAGCUGUGGUGGCUCCUCUUGCAGUGUGGUGUUGCUGAGAUCUGCAUUUUGGAGGAGGGCAAAGAAAGAAACCAGGCAGACUGUAGCAAAGCUCCCUUUAUUGGCAGGAGUAAAGAGAACCCUAUCAGAGCAUUGAGAAAGCCUAUUCUUCUUUCUUCUCAAGCUGCGGAUCAAAUGAGAUUCAAAUAAAACAAAUGAAAAAAACUAUCUUAGAGCAUGGACACCAGUAAGAAGUCAGAACCCCCUUUAUCUGUAGAAAUGGUACAGCAGAGGGCCAAUCCUGACCGCAGUCCAUCAGCAUCCAUCUAUGUUCCAGAGCAAGGUGGCUACAAAGAGAAAUUUGUGAAUGCCGUGGAAGAUAAGUACAAAUGUGAAAAAUGUCACCUCAUCUUAUGCAAUCCUAAACAGACUGAAUGUGGACACAGGUUCUGUGAAACCUGCAUGAAUGCCUUGCUGAGGUCUUCUAGUCCAAAAUGUACAGCAUGUCAAGAAAGCAUAGUAAAAGAUAAGGUAUUUAAAGAUAAUUGUUGCAGGAGAGAACUACUUGCCCUUCAGAUAUAUUGCAGAAAUGAAAACAAGGGCUGUAAGGAGCAGCUAUCUUUGGGUCAAUUACUGAUGCAUUUGAGGACUGACUGUCAGUUUGAAGAACUCCCAUGUCCUCGUGCUGAUUGCAAAGAAAAAAUACUACGAAAAGAUUUGCCAGACCAUGUAGAGAAGACCUGUAAAUACCGGGAGACAACCUGUAAAUACUGUAAAAGCCAAGUCCCAAUGAUUAUGUUGCAGAAACAUGAAGAUACAGAAUGCCCAUGUGUCAUGGUUUCAUGUCCUCAUAAAUGUAGUGUUAAAACACUCAUGAGGAGCGAGUUGAAUGCACAUUUGUCAGAAUGUAUUAAUGCCCCAAGUACCUGUAGUUUUAAGCGUUAUGGCUGCACUUUUCAGGGAACAAACCAACAAAUUAAAGCACAUGAAGCCAGCUCAGCAGUGCAGCAUGUUAACUUAUUGAAAGAGUGGAGCAAUGCUCUAGAAAAUAAGGUGGCCUUGCUCCAGAAUGAAAGUUUGGAAAAGAACAAGAGUAUACAAACUUUACAUAAUCAGAUUUGUAGCUUUGAAAUAGAAAUUGAAAGACAGAAGGAAAUGCUGCGGAAUAAUGAAUCUAAAAUACUUCAUUUACAGCGAGUGAUAGACAGUCAAGCAGAGAAACUCAAAGAACUGGACAAAGAAAUCCGUCCCUUCCGACAGAACUGGGAGGAGGCUGACAGCAUGAAGAGCAGCGUGGAAUCCCUCCAGAACAGAGUGACUGAGCUGGAAAGUGUUGAUAAAACUGCAGGGCAAGGAGCUCGGAAUACAAGCCUGCUGGAGACCCAGCUGAGCAGGCACGAUCAGAUGCUGAGCGUUCACGACAUCCGCCUGGCUGACAUGGACCUCCGCUUCCAGGUCCUAGAAACUGCAAGUUACAACGGAGUGCUGAUUUGGAAAAUCCGAGACUAUAAACGUCGGAAGCAAGAAGCAGUCAUGGGGAAGACUCUGUCCCUGUACAGCCAACCCUUUUAUACUGGAUACUUUGGCUACAAGAUGUGUGCCAGAGUUUACCUGAACGGAGAUGGCAUGGGAAAGGGGACGCACUUGUCUCUGUUUUUUGUCAUAAUGCGUGGAGAAUACGAUGCUCUGCUUCCUUGGCCCUUCAAACAGAAAGUGACUCUCAUGCUCAUGGAUCAGGGACCGUCUCGACGCCACUUGGGAGAUGCUUUCAAGCCAGAUCCGAACAGCAGCAGUUUCAAGAAGCCAACUGGAGAAAUGAACAUUGCAUCUGGCUGCCCAGUCUUUGUGGCUCAAACUGUUCUAGAGAAUGGAACGUAUAUUAAAGAUGAUACUAUUUUUAUUAAAGUCAUAGUGGAUACAUCGGAUCUACCAGACCCCUGACAUACACUGGGGGAGGCGGAUUAAACAGAAGGCAACUCCGUUUGGGGGUUUUAUAUCAGUUUGUCUUCAAUCAGAGGUCCUAAAGCUCACAGAACCACCUUGUGGAACAGAUGGAAGAGUUUGAAGGCAUAACUGCAUAGGGUCCAAUUGCGAAAGUAGCAACACAUUAAGAAAUCAUACCAUGGUAUAUUUUUUAAUAGAACUAGCAACACUUGAGCUCUGACAAAUCACUUACCCCUCGUCAGGCUAGUGAUUAUGGUCAGAGAGGAUUUUUUUUUAACUUAUUAAUGAUCUAGUCAAUUGGAGGUGAAAAGACAUAUACAGUAUCUGCUGAAUCAAUUACUGACUUUUAUUUCUUUUAAGCUAGAAUACAAGAAAAACCCUUCACAUGUGGGCUAGCUGGAAAUUGUCAGCAUGUUAAAAGAAGAUGAAGUAAUGUUGCAAUUAUGAUAUUCUUUGAAAAACUGAGGUGCAAUCUUGUCUGAAAUAUAGUAUAUUGUCUUUUUAAGGCCUCAUCUGGUCUCUGUUUUAAUAAUUACUUUGUCAGAAGAUCUUGGAAAAGUAUCCAUGUCUUCUCAAAAGUAUCUGAAUCAAAAUCAUAUUUUUAUUUAAAGUUCUAUUGUUACAGAAAACAUUUUAUUUUAAAACUGUUGAUAGACUGAUAUUUCUUGGAAGAAAAAAUAGAAGAUAUCAAACACUGGUUAUCACUUGUGAUAGGAAAAAAAAACUAUUCAAUUCUGUUAUUUCUCUUUAGAAAUGUAAACCUACAAUAUAUGUCGUAGUUAAUGACACUAUUUCAAAAUUAAGGAAAAAUCACUCAUGGAUGCUGUGCAUCAUUAUCAGAUUUAUAAUUGUUUUCACCCUAAAAUAGGGCAUUUGUUGAACUUUGGAGUUCUAAACGGAAUCCUGUACAUUUUUUAAAGUUCUGCCCCAUGCUUUCCAAUCAAGCUAUAUAUGUUGCACAUUAUGCUGUCAGCAGUAUAUAGUGUUUUCAGUAUUGGGGAGGAGGAUUAGUGCUGAAAAAAGCCUCUAUGUUUGUUCUGUACUAGCAGCCAUUGCUUCAAGACAAACCAGCAAUGUCUUAAUACAGUGAUGGUGGCUUGCAUGCAUACAUGUGCCUUAGAUGUGCUGUGCUGCUUAUAAACCAUAGCUUUUUAUUCAGAUUAAUUCUGAUAUCUGAAAUGGUAGUUUAAUUGGACUUCAGGCAUAAUGUUUAGCCUUGUCUUCAGAGCCCUUAGGUACCUUGCAAUGUAUGAAACAGAAACCAAAGCCCACUCCUUUGGCUUCUGCAGCUUCUAUGACUUGGCCAUGGUGGAAUCCAUCCUAUUGAGGUGCCAAAACAUUAUGCUCAGUGCUCCUAUGGAGCUUGGACUAGACAGUCUCCAUGGCCACUGUGAAGGCAGGUGACAUUUUUCCUCUAAUGCCUGUGGCUGUAAGGUGGCAUCACUUGAAACUAAUCCAUCUGAGAGCUCUGGGGCUGUGAAUAUGGAUGCUCGUGGCAGCUUCUCAUAGCAGACAAGCAUCCUAAUGGGGAAUGCAUGGGCUUCUUUCUUGUAACAGCCUCAACUGUAGUGAAAAGCAUUUGCUAGCCCUGAAACAUGCUGACUGCAACCUGCUGUGUUCAUCUGCUUCUAUUUAAUAGCCUGUGACAAGCAAAUCCAGAGACACAGCCUGACUGUGGUGCUCUUUAAACUCCUGCUUAAGCAGAGCGGGCUUGCACCACUGUGUUUUCAGCCUUUGUGGGCUUGAAAAAACCCUGUUGCAUCUCAGCCUUUUAUGUCAGGCUGUAUCAGUUUUCUGCUUUUUUGAGGCAUAGUCACAAUUUUUGUCUAAGGUGCAGUUGAAUUCAUGCCUUUGUAUUUCAGCUUGUCUUUGCCGUUGUCUUUUUUGGCUGUGCCUUCACACACAGUGCCUGCAAGAAGUAUUUAUGGAUGUACAAUGCAUGCUAAGUGGUCUUCAUGGGUUUUCCAGGCACCUGCUAGAAUACUGCCUGCUGCUGACUGUCCUGACCGUCAGCAGCAACUUGUCUUCCUUUUCUUGCCUUCCAUUGUCUGGGUACUGUACUCCCUCUAUGGUACGUGGCUGUCAACAGGUGUAAGCUCAAAUAUGGAGGCACGUGCUAGCAUUUAAUUUCUAGCACGGAAGGAGGAUGUUCUGCACAAGAGAUAAAUAUCUAUAGAUAUACCUGCAUCUAUAUCUCUAGAUAUCAUUGUAUGGCACUUGCAGUUUUAUGCAGGCUGCAUAAGUAAACCCAUCACUUAUGCUUUAGGGCGAAGGUUCGCUCAACUUGUGUCAUUUUAAUAAUUAUGAAUGUAGGCAGCUAAGCUUUUGUGUUUGUGCAUCACAGAAUUUUACUGAAAACAGGAUUCCCAAGUGGAAAUGUCCAAAGGACUCUCCUCCCAUUGCUAAUGCAUGUCUUGUAAAAUUAAAUGAAACCGUUUGGCCAUCUCAAAACAGUUUAUAUCCUGUUUCAAUCUGGGACUUGGAGGAGAUUUUGAGUAUAAGCAGGGCCCGGCAUAUUCUGCAGAUUUGUGACUACAGUUUCCAACUUCUGUGACAGAAUUGCGCUUCUAAAUCCAAGCUUUUUAAAAGAGGAGGAAAAAAACCAUUUCCAGCCUUGGUGAUUGAAAGAGGACUUUGAAACAUGUGAAUGUGUAAACCAAUAGGGAAGUCUUCCUGAGUCUGCACACAGCCUAAACUAGUAGCUUUAAGAGAUCUGAAUAUCUCGUCUUGGUGGGAUAUUGACUCAGAAACUUCACAGAGAAGUUUAAAUAUGAACACUGCUAACUCUCUAAAUGCCGAUCACUGUAGCAGAAACAUCAGUCACUGUUGUAUUUCACAGAUCUCUAUGCUGCUUUCCACAUCUCCCAAGUGCCAAAAGCACCAGCUGCCAGAAUCUUCAGCUUCACUUGGGCAGCUUUUAUAAUGCAGUAAUGUGCUAUCGAUAUAAAAAUAUUUUUGCAUAUGUGCUUUUUAUCACAGUUAAUAAAACGGAGGCCUACUGCACUUAUUUUUUAAAACUACAUGAAGCUGCCAGAGAAUUUCCAGUUUGCCAACCCUGCGUACUGUGAAAUCCAGGAUCUUGCUACACAAAUGUAGACACCGCCUGCUGUGGAAUACCUGAAGCCUUGACUGUAACAUCCCUUUCUCCGCAGAACUCACAGGCCAUCUCUGUAGAGUUCUUACUGUGUACAUAGAAAUCGGUUUCCUCUGCUUUCCAGCAAGGAGUAUGUAGCAUUUUGUGAAAACAAGGCCACUGUAUAUUCUCUAAGUUGAAAGGAAAAGAUACCUGGUGCUUUACUCAACACUUUUAAGUUAUUUAACUGUUUCUCUCAUCGCUGAAAUGCCCUUUAUCCUUUUUCUCUUUGUUCCUGACUGAGAUAUCCAAAGUUUUCUAGGGACUGUCUGUUUAAAGUGAUUCGUGGGACAACACCCUGCCCCCAUGUAAUAUAUACUCUUGAAUCCUGGCAAACUCCUGGGGGUGCCACUGUUGCAAGGGGGUCCCAGAGUAUUUGCAUUACUUUGAACAGAGUUUAUUCAGUGAAACCACAUUGUCCUCUACUUAGUAGUAAUUCUUAGCAGCACACAGCUGAAGUCUCUUGCUGGUGUUCUUUCUUCACGGUGACGCUCCAAGUUGUGUACAAACCUCUUCUGUUUCCAGCUUCCUCUAGGGAGAUUCCAGUGUGUGACAAUCUGGAUGUUGCCCUUUGUGUACACUCUUCAGCACAGAGUGAGUGCACCUGUUACCUAGAAUGUCUUGAAUCCUAGACAGGAAACUAUUUGGGUGUUUAAAGACCAACCUACAAUUAUGAUGCAUGACCAUGUCUGCAUUGCUUCUCUAAACUAAUUAAUUGGGGUCUUGUUUCAGUUACUGUCUACAUGGUACACCUUCAACUGCUGACUUACAAUAUGCAAUGUUGAUUUCAGCCUUGUACUGUAAAUGUUGUUCUUCACAAAGAGAAUGUGCAAUAGGAAAAGGGAAUGGUGGGUGGCAUACUUUCGAUGGAAAAAACACGCUAGAUUUUUAAAAACAUGCGGAAAAAAAAAGAAAUGCAGUUUAUUUCCUUUUCUGGUGGUGUUUUCUACUUGGAAAAGGAAAGAUGAAAAUAUGUGCCUGUUUCUGUGCCUGGUGAAUUUCUCAAAUGCAAAGGUAAUAGAGAUUUGUGUUAGCUGGGAUUUACGUGUUGAGCCCAUGAAUGUUAGGCUGUGUUGUAUCGCUUCUGUUUCCUCAGCUUACCAUGAUUAUGGUUUGCUGAGCUGGAGUUUAAAAGCUACCACCUAUUUGUAGUUGUAUUCCAUCUCGUGGGAUAGGCAUUUCACCAACAGUGCAGGGUAUCUGUUGAUAUUUUGUUCAGUUUUUAAAACACUGGUGCUCUUUGGUCCAAGACAGAGAAGUGUGUAGGGAGUGACAAGGAAAGUUGCCUGCACUGCAGAAGGGUGAGAAACAUGACUGCAGUAUUGAUGCCUUUGAUAUGAUUUAACUAUGCAAAUAUACAGAUAGGUGAGGGGGGAAAUUCUUGGGUUGGGUAAUUCUAAUCUAUUAGAUUUUGCUCUGUAAAUUACUUGUAUGUGUGUAGAUACAUACAUGUACACACAGACAUGCAUGCACAUAAAUAUGCAAAGUCUUUUCUUUAUGUAGAAGUGAUGAAACAAAACCCUUUCCUCCAAGUUAUACUUGAUCAAUUGGUGCAAAUAUAAUUUGUUGCUGCUAAAGGAGGAUCUUGGCUAAGGGCAAACUUUGAUUCCUAUCUUUCAGGUUUGAAGACCUGUAUGUAGCAAACACUUUGUCUAGCUUUUCUGAAGACUCUGAAUUGUAAUUUAGGACACACGUUCUUCCUCAUGCUCUGAAAAUUUGGAGAUUCCUUUAUUUUAAACAACUAUAGUGAUGGGCAACUUUUUGAUGGCAAAUUAUUUCCUCUAAUUUAGAACAAAAAAUGAUAAAAAGCAUCUGGACUUCUUCCCUGGAAUUCCUGUCCUGUUGAGUCAAUACCUUGAUAUUCUGGUUGACCUAGAAGUCAAAACUACUGCAAUAAAAAUGAUUGGUUUGGCAGUUUAAUCUGGGUUUCUAAUACUGUGUACAGUAUAUAGCAAGUGCUAUUUAUCUUUUUUGGAACAAGGAAAUCAAGGAUGAGAUGUGAAGUGAUUUGUCCAGAGUCACAAAAGGAAUCUCGUGGAGCUGGGACUGAUAGAGAGGUUCCGGUUCCCUCGUGUUAUCUCUGAAUCACGAAGUUUUACUCUUAAUACAUUUGUCCCUUAAAGGAACUGGAAAAUAAGUUGACAUACUCUGUGAAGACCCACAUCAGGACAGUAAGGGCUAGAAUUAAACAUACAAGCUGUCGUGAUUUGGGGUUGUACACGCGUGGUGGCUCAGAUGUGUGGAGUGAAGGCCAGCACAGCAUGUCAGUGUCAGUAACAGCAGCAAACCUGUGUCCUGCUCUGUCUGUUCAGAAUCGUCCAAAACCAGUCUUGUUUGAUGCUCCUCUUAACUAAGGAGGAAGAAUACCAUUGUACAGUGAAGUGGGUUCAUCUUUGUUCUACCAGUCAGUGUGACUGACCAUUUCUUUCUUGUGGAGCUUUCUCCCUUUUUCUGUAAACCAAAAUCUGGAGGGCUUGAUUGUUCUUUCUUGGCUCUUAAUCCAGGCCUUUGGCAGAGAAGCACCAGAUAGGAAUGCUGUGGAAAACUUUGGACUGCUGAUUCAGGGGACAUCCUCUUAAGAUACAGAAGAGUAAAGUUAUACAAUUUAUAAGGGAUCUGACUAUUCCUGUUUCUCUUCUAAUAUAUGGUCAAGACUGCAGCUUCUGUCUUCCAUUUCAUGAUGUCAGCGUAGAUACUAGGCUGUGUUUUUUUCAUUAUUUCCCCUCCAAGUUAGGAUUAGUUCCUUAGGGUUCAAAUAAGUUCUGAAUUUCACAGAGAAGCACCUGAACCAAAACCCUGGAUUCAAACAUCCCAGACUUGAUGUGGAAUUCAAAUCUGGAUCCCGACUCUGUGGCUUACUAACCUACCCAUUCAGGGAAGGGUUUGUUGUCUCUAUGUGGUGUUUGUGUUUUUGGUCCUUUGGAACUAAGCUUUUAAUUUGGUUGCCAGUUCUGCAAGGACUUUUUAACUUCUUAGCAAUGCCGGUGUUCACACGCUCCAUUGCUGGCAGUGUGAUGCGUAGUGAUAAAAUUUGACUCUGUCUAAGGGUUACUGAGAUAAACCAGCAUUAUCAUUCGUAAAGGUCAUUUUCUUGCAUAGUGUUCCGAGCUUUGUAUUUGAAUAUAGCUCGCACCUGAAAGGACACAUCUUCCAACUAUGACCUGCAUCACUGGCAGAGAGUUGUGUAAUCUGUACUUGUGGAAUGGGAAGGUACAAGCUUCCAUCGUUGCUGAAGCAUCGUGUAAUCCACCUUUUUUGUUUUCUUGUAGCUGUUGUUCAAUUAAUACUUUUUUUUUUCAGUUUUAUAGAGAAAAAAAGGGGAAGUUCAGGAUUUUUUCUACAAGGUAUAAAACUCCAAUGAAUUAGUGGUGACUAGAGAGCUGUGAAAAAUACCCCAUUAGGAGAUGAUGGGCUAAAUGUAGGUCCAUUUCUCUUAGACAAGUAGGAUAACCUUUAAGAUGCAUGGAACAACAUAUUAAUCGGGAAAACUAAAGCUGACAUUUGUUUCCAAGAAAUUCUGUGAGAACUAUCUAUGGAAAAGAUAUCAGUGAUUGAGAAUAAUGUACAAAUUAAUGUGUUUGAAACUUGUGUAUCCAUUUCUUUAAUCUCAUACUCUUCAGUAAACGGUACACUUGUGUUCAGUUUUAUGAUCAAAAACAAAGACCAAAGAAGGCCAGCCUCAUUUGAUUGUGUAUAUUCUGCCUGUCUUAAUUAUCAAUAGCUGUAAGGAUACAGUGCAAGUGAUCUGGUAACCAGUGGAUCUUGUCCUUUUCUUUUAGGGGGAAAAACAAUUUUAAAAUGUAUAAUUUAUUGCUCAGCAAUAACCAUGUUGUUAAAAUAAUAAUAAAAAAGGAAUUAGCAACAUGUCUUAAUUUCCCAAUAGCAUUAUUAUAUGUUGUAUUUCAGUUUACUGUAUAUUGUGUUUUUGUAUUUAUUUGUGUUUGGAGGUCUUGCUAUGUCUUUUUGUGUUUAAAUGCUAAUAAACAAGGACAGUGUGUAAGAGUGUAGAAUGCUGAACUCUGAAAUGCUAAACUGUGUUAUUAAAGGAAAAAUAAAUAAGUAGGAAAUCAUAUUUUUUAAAAAAA